CGCGGGCGGGCCCGUCCCCCCUGCCCCUGGGUCGCUCUUUUUAAGCUCCCCUGAGCCGGGGCUGCGCUCCUCUAAUUGGAACUCCGAGUCGGGGCUAUUUCUGGUGUUGGCGCGGCUCCAAGAAGGCAUCCGCAUUUGCGACCGGCGGCGGCGGCGGCGGAGCCCAGGCCGGUGCCCUGCGCCCAGCCCCGCCGCGCCCGGCAGCCCCGAGCGCGCCCCGCCGGCGGCCUGCGGAGCUCGCGCCAGUCCCUCAGCUGCCCCCCGAGAGAAGGAAGAUGAGUGAGUCGGGCUCCAAGUCCAGCCAGGCCCUGGCCUCCAAGCAGGAAAAGGACGGGGCUGAGAAGCGAGGCCGGGGCAGGCCGCGCAAGCAGCCUCCGGUGAGCCCUGGGACGGCGCUGGUCGGGAGCCAGAAGGAGCCCAGUGAAGUGCCAACACCGAAGAGACCUCGGGGCCGACCAAAGGGAAGCAAAAAUAAGGGAGCCGCCAAGACACGGAAAGUUACCACAGCUCCAGGGAGGAAACCCAGGGGCAGGCCCAAGAAGUUGGAGAAGGAGGAAGAAGAGGGCGUCUCCCAGGAGUCCUCGGAGGAGGAGCAGUAACCACCGCAGCGCCGUGCAGCCUGCUCCUCAGGCUGAGGAGCAGCUUUUCCCCUGGGACUGGAGGCCCUGCUCCCAGGCCCCUCCCCGCCCCAAUGCACACUACCGCACUAGCUGCAGGCUCUGCAGCACCCACGGGAGCAGGCUUCGGCGUGCCCUCCUCCCCGCCACACCUGCCCUCUCCCGACAAGGCUAACCUCCCUCUUAGCCGCAGCCCAUCCUGCUGCACAGCUCCCCUAGAGACCUGCUCUCCGGGCUCUUUGUUUCUCCAGUCCCUUCGCUCUGCUGGUCCUGGCUUCCUUGUAGGGGUCCUGGGCGCCUUCCCUGGCCUUAAGGGGCCCCAGCCCCCGCUCUGCUCCUGACAAGCCCCGUUGGCUGAGCUGGCAGCAGCAGGUGUGCUCAGGCAGGGGCUGCUCACGUCCCAGCAUGCCCUCACCAAGCUCUGACCGGGUGGGUUUUUUCAGUCUCCUCCCCACCCUACCCAGGCCCCGGAGGUUGGCAAAGCCCCUUGGGCUACUGGAAGCAGGACAGGUGUGGGCCCACCACCUUGUUCUCACUGGGACAGUGACAGAUGGAAGUUAACACCCCUCUCCAAGGUGAGGUCCUCUUUGGCUUGCACCUAAGGCAGAAGGGGGACUUACUCCCCCCCCUUCCACUCUAGGCUGCCCCCUUCCUGCAGCGGGCACUACGGAGCUAGCCUUGCUCCCUCCCUUUGCUCCUCCCCGGCCCCCAAGGUUCUGGUUCCCUUUUUUCCUCUGUUCACAAACUACCUCUGGACAGUUGUGUUGUUUUUUUGUUCAAUGUUCAUUCGUAGACACCCACCAUUGCUGCUGCUACCAGCGCCAACAUUUAUCCUCCCGUUUGUUUUUUUUUUUUUGCCUGCACUCCUCCCCAAGACACUCUAGGGGAAGGGGGCUGGGGCGCAGCAGGCCGGUCACCUACUCCACACCAGGGAAGAUGGGGGCCUGCCCCAUGGAUGCUGCAGCAGAGUGAGGAGGGGGCCCACUUUGAUGGGAAAGGGUGUAGGGCCACCGACUCCCCUUGUUCUGUGGGGGAGGGGUGGCCAGUGUUUGUCCCAGCCUGGGGCCUCCCUCCGGUUUCCUAUUUGCAGUUACUUGAAUAAAAAAAUAGCCUUUUCUGGA